GCCUCCAGACAUGCCAAGCCACUCCCUGUUUGAGGUGCUUACAGUAUAUACAGAGAGGAGGUGAGCACCUGUUGCAUCCAGCAGCAGAGUCCUGGCACAGCAGAUUUUUACUUAUUUAGGUCUGAAGUUUGACCGCAGAGGAACGCCACCAUGACUCCAGCUUUCCUCCUCCUCCUCAUCCUCUCAAUGGCAGCUGUAUGUCUGAGUGCAGCGAUCGAUGCUAAGAACAUAAUUGAUGAGUCUCCGGACGUGUCAGAUGUCCUCAGGAAAGCCAAUGCCAACACAAAAUCACUUUUGCAGUACGAUGACAUUAUGCCAAGCAAACGCAGAAAUGCUUCCCCCUGCACGUCCGGAGAAUGCUUGUGGCGUAAAAGCAGUCGCUAUGUCUAUGUGCCCAUCCAAAUCUCCUCAUCAUACUCCGCGGCAGAGCAUAACAUAAUCGUCAACAGCCUGCUGACCUUCCACCGGUCCACCUGCAUUCGCUUCGUCUGGAAGAGUUGGUGGCAUCGUGAUUACCUCUCCAUCUACUCUGGAAAUGGAUGUUGGUCGUAUUUGGGCCGUAAUGGUGGGAAGCAGAGUGUUUCCCUGAAUAGGAACGGCUGUAUGUACCAGAGCACGGUCCAACACGAGGUCCUCCACGCUCUGGGCUACCACCACGAGCAGAACCGCUCUGACAGAGACAGCUACGUCCAGAUCCUCACCCAGAACGUUGACCCAGGCAAAGAACACAACUUCAACAAGGUGCAGACCAACAACCUGGGGACUCCGUACGACUUCAACUCUGUCAUGCAUUACAGCAACACGGCAUUCUCCAAAAAUGGACAGCCCACCAUCAUCUCCAAGGCCAAUCCCAACCUCAUCUUUGGACACGCCAGAGACAUGAGCACCAAUGACAUUGCCCGUGUCAACAAGCUUUACAAAUGUUAACUUGGUUGCAUGAAGGGGUCAUCCUCCAGAAACCUCAGCUCGUCAGCGUUACAGCAGGGCCCGGAUCUGUUUGAAAACAACAAUAUUUGUUUUCAAGCAGCAGAAAAUCUUUCACAUCUGUGUUUUCAGCUCAGAAUCUUCCAUCAAAGGACUGUUUGAUUUAACUAUUAAAAAAAAAUCCUGCUGGACGAGGCUGGUAUUACAUCUUAACUGUUGGGGUCAGACCUUGUACUGGUACAUCUUCAUGUAUCUUUUAUUUCAUCCCUUUUUAUUUUCUUUGAUGUGAUUAUGAUUAAUUAAUAAAGUGCUUAUUUGUUUGCUGUUAAAUCAGAGAGGUUUUAGUAAAAUCAAUACUGGUGGAAGAAACGGCGGGAACAAAUCAAAAGAUUAAGCUGCUGAUGUUUUCUUUUUCCCAAUUGGACAUGAUGGAGGAACUUGUUGUAAAGUUAUGCAGUCAUGAGUCCAAUUGCCCCCAUAAAUUCAGACUACACUAAAGAUGCUGUCAUAUUUUGUUGUUAAAAAAUCUCAAAGUUUUACAUAAAUAACAGACAGAACUACUUAAUCAGGAAUAAUACCUGAAAACUAUGUUAACGUACAAGUGCACGCUUGUUGACUAUAUCAUUAAGUUAUCGUUGUACUGUACAUAUAUUUUAGCUCCCUGUUUAUCCUUGAAAUGCUGUGUGCUUAGCAGAUUCUGUCAAAUAAUCAAUGACUCUGUAAUCAUCUAUAAGUGUUCAAUAAAACACUUUAUGCUCAACA